UUGUAGUAGGAAGUAAAUACGUUGUGUAUUUAUUAUUUUGUAGGUAAUCGUCACUUGAGAUUAAUCAUUGGUCUGUCGGUUGCUAGUGGCCCGUGUGUUCUCAUUUUGGUUCUUGGUGCACUCAUAAUAACCCGUUAUCUUAAGCAACGCAAGGCCAGGAUGUUGAGGCAGAAUUUUUUUUGACAAAACCGUGGACAACUAUUGAAGCAACUCGUAUCCGAUAGGGAUGACAUCGCAGAGAGAAUGCUCAUUUCUCUAGAGGAGCUAGAGAAGGCUACUAACAAUUUUGAUCAAGCUCGUAAGCUUGGUGGUGGAGGGCAUGGCACUGUCUUCAAAGGGAUCUUGUCAGAUCUGCAUGUUGUGGCCAUCAAGAAAUCAAAGAUCAACCAUAAGAAUAUCGAGAGAGAAAUUGGCGAGUUCAUUAAUGAGGUUGCCAUACUCCCACAGAUCAAUCAUAAGCAUAUUGUGAAACUUCACGGUUGUUGCCUUGAGGCAGAAAUCCCUCUACUUGCUUACCAGUUCGUUUCCAAUGGAACACUCAGUGACCAUCUUCACACAGAGGCACCAAGAUCUCUAUCUUGGAAAGAUAGGUUAAGGAUCGCAAGUGAAAUAAGCAAAGCUCUAGCUUAUCUUCACUCCGCUAUUUCAGUCCCCAUAAUCCAUAGAGAUAUUAAGCCUUCCAACAUACUUCUUGAUGAUGCCUUGGUAGCGAAAGUGUCAGACUUUGGAGCUUCACGAUACAUUCCAGAUCAAAUACAAACACCAACUGCAGUGCAAGGAACUAUGGGAUAUUUAGAUCCAAUGUAUUAUUACACACGACGAUUAACAGAAAGUAGCGACGUCUAUAGCUUUGGUGUCCUUCUUGUUGAGUUGCUAACAAGGAAGAGGCCAUCUUUGUGUAUGUCCUCUGAAGGUGAUUGCAUUGUCACACAGUUUGUUGAACUACAUGAUGAUGGAAAUCAAGCCAAAAUAUUGGAUCCACAGGUCAUGGAGGAGGGAGGUAGUGAAGUGGAAGAUGUAGCUACUCUAGCUGUGUCAUGCAUGAAACUGAUAGCAGGAGAGCGACCAACCAUGAGGCAAGUGGAGAUUGUCUUGGAAGCUCUCCAAAGCACCCAAGGAGUGUGUCCUGGGUGA